GAGGAAGUACCCAGACACACAGAGCCAGUCAACUAGGGCCCGUCGGGCAGGGAGCACACUCAGGUAUUCCACGAAGUUAUCCUGAGGGCAUUGCUAAGAAGCAGAAUGAGAAACACAAAGUGUUGAGGCAGAGGGCAGAGCCAGGACCUUGUAAAGCUGAGAAUGUCAGAAACUCCCACGACCACCUUUGGGGGCAGGCGAGCCAUCCCACCCAACAAUUCCAAUGCAGCGGAAGACAACCUUCCCACGGAGGAGCUGCAGGGUUUGGUGCCCCGAGGUGUUAACCUGCAAGACUACCUUAAUGUCACAGGUGUUCACCUGUUCAAGGAGAAAUGGGACACCAACAAAAUUGAUCACCACACAGACAAGUAUGACAACAACAAGUUGAUUGUCCGCAGAGGGCAGUCUUUCUACAUCCAGAUUGACUUCAAUCGUCCAUAUGAUCCCAGGAAGGAUCAUUUCAGAGUGGAAUAUGUCAUUGGUCGCUACCCUCAGGAGAACAAGGGCACCUAUAUCCCGGUGCCCAUAGUCUCAGAGCUGCAAAGCGGAAAGUGGGGAGCCAAAGUUCUCAUGAGCGAGGACAGGUCUGUCCGGCUGUCCAUCCAGUCUUCCCCUGAGUGCAUUGUGGGGAAAUUCCGCAUGUACGUUGCUGUGUGGACCCCCUACGGCAUACUCCGGACCCGCAGGGACCCAGAAACAGACACGUACAUUCUCUUCAAUCCUUGGUGUGAAGAGGACGCUGUGUAUCUGGAUGAUGAGAAAGAAAGACAAGAGUAUGUCCUGAAUGACAUCGGCGUCAUUUUUUAUGGAGACUUCAAUGACAUCAAGAGUAGAAGCUGGAGCUAUGGUCAGUUUGAAGAUGGCAUCCUUGAUGCUUGCUUGUACGUAAUGGACAAAGCAAAAAUGGACCUUUCUGGCAGAGGGAAUCCCAUCAAGGUCAGCCGUGUUGGAUCUGCCAUGGUGAAUGCCAAAGAUGAUGAAGGUGUCCUCAUUGGAUCCUGGGACAAUAUCUAUGCCUAUGGUGUCCCCCCAUCGGCCUGGACUGGAAGUGUUGACAUUCUACUUGAAUACAAGAGCUCUGAGAAUCCAGUCCGGUAUGGUCAGUGCUGGGUGUUUGCUGGUGUUUUUAACACGUUUUUGCGAUGCCUUGGAAUUCCAGCAAGAAUUGUUACCAAUUAUUUCUCAGCCCACGAUAAUGAUGCCAAUUUGCAAAUGGACAUCUUCCUGGAAGAAGAUGGGAGCGUGAGUUCCAAACUCACCAAGGAUUCAGUGUGGAACUACCACUGCUGGAAUGAGGCUUGGAUGACAAGGCCUGAUCUUCCUGUUGGAUUUGGAGGCUGGCAAGUUGUGGAUAGCACCCCCCAGGAAAACAGUGAUGGCAUGUACCGCUGUGGCCCCGCCUCUGUCCAAGCUGUUAAGCAUGGCCACAUCUGCUUCCAGUUUGAUGCUCCCUUUGUUUUUGCAGAGGUCAACAGUGAUCUCAUUUACAUUACAGCUAAAAAAAAUGGCUCUCAUGUGGUGGAAACCGUGGAUACCACCCACAUCGGGAAAUUAAUUGUGACCAAACAAAUUGGAGGAGAUGGCAUACAAGAUAUCACUGAUACUUACAAAUUCCAAGAAGGUCAAGAAGAAGAGAGACUGGCUCUAGAAACUGCCUUGAUGUAUGGAGCUAAGAAGGCCCUCAACACAGAAGGCAUCGUCAAAUCGAGGUCUGACGUGGACAUGAACUUUGAAAUAGAAAAUGCUGUCCUUGGGAAAGACUUCAAGGUCACCAUUACCUUCCAGAACAACAGCUCCAACCGUUACACCAUCUCAGCCUAUCUCUCCGGCAACAUCACAUUCUACACCGGGGUCGCCAAAACAGAAUUCAAGAAUGAGGCAUUCAACAUGACAUUGGAGCCCUUAUCCUUCAAGAAAGAAGAAGUGCUGAUCAGAGCCGGCGAGUACAUGGGCCAGCUUCUGGAACAGGCCUUCCUGCACUUUUUCGUCACAGCUCGAGUCAAUGAGUCCAAAGAUGUCCUCGCCAAGCAGAAGUCUGCUGUGCUGACCAUCCCCAAGGUCAUCAUUAAGGUCCAAGGUGCUGCUAUAGUUGGUUCUGACAUGAUUGUGACUGUUGAGUUCACCAAUCCUUUAAAAGAAACUCUGAAAAAUGUCUGGAUAUACUUGGAUGGUCCUGGGAUGAUGAGACCCAAGAGGAAGAUGUUCCCUGAAAUCCGGCCCAAUUCCACUGUGCAGUGGGAAGAAGUAUGUCGGCCUUGGGUCUCUGGCCCUCGGAAGUUGAUAGCCAGCAUGACCAGCGACUCCCUGAGACAUGUAUAUGGCGAGCUGAACUUGCAGAUUCAAAGACGACCUUCCAUGUAAACCCACAAGAGGCUGAGAUAGGCCUGAGCACUUGGCCUCUUGCAGUGUUAGCUAAGGAAAUUCUAAUGCAAAAAUAGCUCUUGCUUUAACUUAGCUGUGAAGACACAGACAGGACUGGAGAGGGCUCUAGCACGUGGAUGCAUGUACUUCAAAGAUACUUUUCCACACCCAGGCUAUCUGGCAUGAAAGCUAGUUUUGAAUCACUCCACCUUCCAAAGGAUUCUGAGCAUUAGCUGUAACUAAGCUCUAAUUAAACUCUCAUAGCUCAUAAGAGAAAAAGUUAUCAUUUAUCACCACAAAUGGCUACAGCUCAGAUAUCAGAGGGCUGCCCUUAGUGAGGGAUUUCCUCAAUACCUGGCCUCAUUUAAAACUUCCCCACUCAACAUUUCCAGGCACCAUACUCUCUCCAAGGAGGGAAGAACAUGAUUGUAUCCUCAGAAUUCUAUUCCCCUUUCUUAGAAGCAGGUUCUACCCCCUGUGUUAGAAUAUUUUUCCCAGGAAUUGAGUACAACAUCAUUUUUCUUUUUGACAAAGCCAGGGAAAGGUCUUUCAUCUUGCACCUGCAGCCAAGCAAUUGCCUGCCAAUUUCACAGAUUACCUUGUAAGAAAAUGUGGCCCCUAUAUUAACAAAUUACAUUCGUGGGAACUUAAUCACCUAAGAGGAGAUAAGAAAGCAGGUGCAAUCUACGGAUCUAUUAAAUAAUGUAGUUUCUAGUGCAUUUUAUAGGUGUCACAGUGUGGCCUGAUCAGCAGGAACAAAUAGCCCUUACUUUAAUGCUGUCUGGAAUGCAGAACUAGAAAGUAAGGAGGCUGGUUUGGGACUGGGGGAAUGAGGGUUUAAUCUCCAUAAUUGGUGGUUGUACUUCACCUGUCUUUCCAGGAUUGUCUCCUUCACACAAUAGCACGGACCCAGGUCUUUUUUUAUUUUUUUAGAAGCAUAAGUUGGAAGAACUGGCAGAUUUUGUGGUUAGACAUGUGGAAAGACAGACAGCCCCUGUUUCUCUUUUCCUCAUAUUGCUGAUGUUGAAACCUCACCCCAACACUUAGGUGCUGGAAGGUAACAGGAACUCAGUCUUGUAAACGGCAAAUGCUAGUUCUGACCCAAGAGCAGAGGAUGCCACCAUCCUUUGUAUUAUGCUCCAAGGCUCCAAUACUCAAGGUAGCUGGUAUUAAUUUGCAAAAUGGAUUUAUAGUCAGAAUUCCCCGUUGACAUGCUUAGGGGGUGAUUUAGGCCGGUAGACUGUGGUUCUUAACAAAAGUUACAUAAUGGGGAGGAACUGGGGGUUGGGAAGAGUUAGAAUGGAAUGCUCUGGUCUAUGUAACCAUGCUCUUGUCAAUUUCCAAGCCUUUGCGACUGUUCCUGAGCCUUCAGUGCUAACCCAUGGCAGUUAGCAGGUCCCAACAUGGUACAUCACACAGAACUCCUGGAGCCAUCUCCAAGCAUUUGCCAAACUUCUCAACACCCACCUUUAAAAUGAAAUGCAUUUUUGCUAGACUGUUAAACUGGCUUGACUUAGAAUAUUGUUAUUCAUGAGAAUGUAAUAGAUGCUUAAAAUAAAGUUGAUCUGAUUAUAUUUUCAUCUG